AUUCUCAAGACGUUCCAACUGUCACAGCAAAGUUGUUAUGACAAACACGUGUGAUUUGUUUACGUUUGGUUACUGCAGGUUGCGGCUAUUUAACGCGUGUGUUAUUAAUUAAAAUUAACUAAAAAGAAUACACAUAUUGGCAUGAAGUUCUCGUAUAAGUUUUCCAAUUUGCUGGGCGCAAUUUAUCGCAAUGGAAAUCUGCAAUUUACACCCGAUGGCAAUAGCAUAAUCAGUCCGGUGGGUAAUCGCAUAUCAAUCUAUGAUUUACGCAAUCACAAAUCGCGCACGUUAUCGCUGGAGUCGCGCUACAAUUACGUUUGCAUCGCAUUGUCACCGGAUGGCAGUCUACUAAUCGCCGUGAAUGAAGUGGGUGAGGCACAACUAAUUAGUUUGAUAUCGUGUACGGUCAUACAUCGUCACAAAUUCCAAAACAAACCACAAUGUGUCGUCUUCAGUCCGGAUGGCGCUUACUUUGCGGUGGCAUUAGAUAAUAUUGUGUUGGUAUUCUCAGCACCGGGUGAAUUAACUGGUGAAUACAGUCCAUUUGUGUUGAAGCGACGUUUUCUUGGUGGUUUCGAUGAUAUCACAUGGCUGGAUUGGUCAAGCGAUUCACGUUUCCUCGCAGUGGGUUGUCGUGAUGGCACUACAAAAAUUGUUGGCAUGCGUUUAAUGACAAAUUUCCGCACAUACAUAUUGGCUGGUCAUUCGGAUGGUAUUAUUGCUAGUUUCUUUGAGCGUAAUAGCAUGCAUGUGAACACACUAAGUCGUAAUGGACAGCUUUGUAUAUGGGAAUGUAGUUGUAAUCCCUCAGAUAUUGAGGAAGUGACACCAGAGGAACGUGAAAAGUUGAAAUAUACCGUGAAAAAGAAGAAGGUAGUUAAAGAUGAAGACGAAGAGUCUGAGGAUGACGUGCAGGAUAAGGAAAAGGAAAAGGAUGAUAAUACCAACGGCAACGCUGAAGCGGUGGAUGAAAAUGAAGUGAAGGAUGCUAUUGUUAGCAAAACACAUCCUUUUGUAUACAAAAAAUUGGGGCGUCACUAUUUGGCCGAUGAGCCGCGUAAAACCGAUUAUCAUGCCUUUGUCACAGCCGCCAAUUAUAAUAAUCGCACGAAAAUAUUAGUGGUCGCAUUCAAUAUCGGCACAUUCUAUUUAUACGAGUUGCCCGAUGUCAAUAUGAUACACUCACUAAGCAUUUCGGAUUAUGCCAUCUCGGUGGCGCUUUUUAAUGGCACUGGUGAUUGGGUAGCGUUGGCAUCACGCGAACUCGGUCAGUUGCUUGUGUGGGAGUGGCAAAGUGAACAAUACAUUAUGAAGCAGCAGGGUCACAGCAGUGAAAUGACCUGUAUAAGUUACUCAGCCGAUGGUCAAUAUAUUGCCACUGGCGGUGAGGACUCCAAAUUAAAAUUGUGGAAUACACAAAGUGGUUUCUGUUUUGUCACAUUCAACGAACACAGCAGUGGCAUUACUGGUGUGCAAUUCAGUCGCAGUAAAAAUUUCUUAGUGAGCGCCUCGCUGGACGGCACAGUGCGUGCUUUCGAUGUCAAUAGAUACCGCAAUUUCCGUACAUUCAGCGCUCCCGAACGCGUGCAAUUCUCCUGUGUGGCUAUAGAUCACUCCAGUGAAUUUGUGGUGGCUGGUUGUCUGGAUGUUUAUGAAAUGUAUUUGUGGUCUGUGAAAUUGGGUAGACUGUUGGAAGUGAUUAGUGGACAUGAAGCACCCGUUUGUUCAGUAGCAUUUUCACCAGUAGCCUCAAUGACUACUCUAAUAUCAGGCUCGUGGGAUAAAACCGUGAAAGUUUGGAAUUGUUUGGAGAGCAAUAGUGAACAUGAAACGAUUGAUGUGCUCGCUGAUGCCACAUGUGUGACAUUCAAUCCGAGUGGUGAAAAUGUCGCAGUCGCUACACUUAAUGGCCAUAUAACAAUUUUCGAUGUGAAAACUGCUACACAAAUAAGUUCGAUAGAGGGACGUAAUGAUUUGGCUGGCGGUCGCUAUGAAGCCGACGUGAUAACGGGCAAGAAGAACUUGGAGGGCAAAUAUUUCACUUCCAUUGAGUAUUCCGUUGAUGGUGAAUGCAUUUUAGCAGGUGGCAAUUCACAAUACAUUUGCAUUUAUCACGCGCGUGAAGCAGUGCUACUGAAAAAAUUCGAAAUUACACAGAAUCACAGCUUAGAUGGUUUGAAUGAGUAUAUAAAUCGUCGCAAUCUCACUGAAUUCGGUAAUAUGGCGCUUGUGGAGACACGUGAAGAGUUGGAGGGCGGCAAUGUGGCAAUCGGUUUGCCUGGCGUACAGAAAGGUGAUAUGGCAAGCAGGAACUUCAAGCCAAAAAUUAAAGUUUUCUCUGUGCGCUUCAUGCCAACUGGACAAGCGUAUGCGGUAGCCACCACAGAGGGGUUAUGUUUAUACUCAUUGGAUAAAGGUGUUGUUUUCGAUCCAUUCCACCUGUCGUUGGAGGUGACACCAAAAGCCAUACAUGAGUCAGUGGAAAAGCAAGAUUUUACACAAGCGCUCAUAAUGUCGCUGAAACUCAAUGAACCACAUCUUAUAUAUAUGGUUUUGGAGAAAAUACCGUUUAAAGACAUUAAAUUGAUUUGUGCAACAUUGCCUGAGACUUUCGCACCUUCCUUGCUGCAAAUACUAGCGCGUGGCUUGCAGUCGAGCACACAUUUGGAAUUCUACUUAGAAUGGUGUACCAGUUUGUUAGCAACGCAUGGCAAUAAGAGCGAUUUGUUGCAACAUCAUGCGCUACUUUCGCUGCAGGAGAGCUUAUCACAGAAAUAUGAGUCACUAAAUCGCAUUUGCGAUUUCAACAAAUACACCAUGCGUGUACUGCUCAAUGCUGCAAAGGAUCGCAGAAAACUAGGCGAAGAUUUGAUACAAAAGAAAUCAAAUGGCGUUAAUGAAGAUGGUGAUGAACUUGAAGAUGAUGAUGAUAUGUUUUUAAUUAAAGCAAAAAGCGACGAAGAUGUAGCGGAAUUUGAAGAAGAGGAUGAGAAAAGUGAUAGUGAUAGCAGUUCAGAGUGACCAACCAAACAGCAGACAUUAGUAGUUGUAGUUUUCUAAAAUAUGACCAAGUUUGUUAUAGCAUGAUUUGAUUUUUGUAAAAGUGAAAUACAAAUUAUUUGUAUUAGAAAUAUUAACUAAAAACUGUAUUUUUAAUGUAAGGCAAAAGUGUAUGGUAGCAUAUAUAUUGUUGGUUAUGGUUAAUAUUAUUAAUAUUAUAUGCUACCGUCGUAAGCAAGCGGCCGGCUGCAGAAAUAUACAUCCAAAAAGCGUAGAAUAUCUGAUUGUUUCUACAAUAUACUCUUUUAAACUGUGAAAAUAAACUUCGGUAUUCAAUUAAUAAUUUUCAAAUUGAGUAAUGCAAUUUAUAAACAUAUUAUUCGCAAUAUUAGUAUGAAAAUUGACUAACCUUAAAUAUGCAAAAGGCUGCAGGGCUUCAUUUUCUUGCUUUUGCACACUUCAAAGCACUCGCUUGUACCGACAAACAAAGCGAAGAAUUUCUAAUUAGAAAACGAACACCUUACAAAUGCGAUAUACAUUUAACUUUUAACUACAACAAUAACAAACACUAAGCACUAUGCAUUUAUGCAAAAGUUGUGGAAUUUAGUACAAUAUAAAUGUCUUAAAAGUAUAUUAUUUGCUCCAACGCGGUAGAAGCAACUACAUUUUAAAGCGUGAUAUCGGAAACUGGAAAACAACUGUUAAGAUGGCGGAUGUGUGCGUAAGCUCAGGAGCAGAAUGCAGUGUUGCAUUAACAAUUAAACGAUUUCUGGUGUUGCCAGUAUUAUAUUAUGAAAAUUAAAUUUUUAAUAUAAACAAAUAAAUUAAAAGUAAUAGUUAUUGUUAAUAAUAAUAUUUUAAUAAAAUAUAAGCAAUAUUUAAUGCUAAAUUUUUGAAGUACAUUUAAAAUUGUUAUAAAAUUAUAUAAUAUAAACACAUUAAGUGUACAUCAGUACAUUUUAAAAUAAUUUAUUUAUAUUUAAUAUAUAUAUAAUUUAUUUAUUAUAAAACAAUAAUCAUUUUAAAAUAUAUAAUUCUAAGUUGAAAGUGAUAUUUAUUAACAUCAAAGGCACUUCCGCCAGCUUCAACCUGUGGCAACACUGCAUAAAGUUCCUUCCACAGGAAAGCUCCACAAAUUCAUUUCUAUGCAUUUCCAGUUUCAAACCGCCAUUUAAAUAAGAAAAGUGUAAAAUUGUGCUGCUAAUCAGAAAAUUGUGACAAAAUGUUAAUUAUAAGCAAAAUUUAAUUGCAAAUAAGCAAAUUAUGUGUUAAGUUAAGGUUUUGUAUUGAAAAAUAUGUUCGAUUCAUAUCAUAGUGGAAAUGGCAGCAGUAUAAAUUUCCUGUACAUGCAAUAGCCAUACUAGCUGACUUUAUAUAUACAUGUAUAUGCGUACAAUGCGUACAUUUAUAAGUUACUUAUGCCAUGUUAGAAAAUUGACCAAAAUGAGUACAAAAUUCUUUUAAUAAUGUUAUUACAAUGGAAAAAGAAACUGAAUGUUAUACAGAGAAUAUUUUACGAAAUAGUGAAUAUAAAGAAAGAGAUAUUUGUUGAGAAGUUUUUGGAAAAGCUAGUACUAGAAAAGGUUUUUGAAAAGAAAUCAUGAACUGAAAGAAAUGGUUUUAAUAUUUAUAUUUACUAUGAACUUAAGUAGUUUAAAAUGGCAAACGAUAUUGAAUGCUGUACAGGGCUGUAUACAGGAUAUUAGAAAUGAUAAUUUUGGUAAGAAGUUUUGGAAAACUACCAAUAAAAGAUUUUAGAUUUAAAUAUCAACACAGUUUACUAAUGAAUCCAUAAAACCAAAUAAUUGUUACGAUAUUUUUAAAUUUCUGUUUGUGGUUGUUAUACAAAUUCUCAUUUCCGCUUAUAUUUAAUACCAUUUAUUUUUUAAACUGCUUCACCAAUCAAAAUAAAAUAAAUUACAUAUACUAUUUAUAUUGUAAAUUUCAUAAUAUUUUAUUUAUUUAUACUUAAUAAUUUAUUAUUAUAAUUCGGCACAGCCGAAAUAAUAAUACAUUUUACUAAAAAAAUAAUAUCGUUACAUAUGUAUGUAAAAUAAUUGCAUCUAAUAUGUAUGCAAAUCUGUGUGUAAAUACCAACAAUUGUGUGUAUGCUUGUAAAUAUAUAUAAAUUUAUAAUUUUCAGAUUUAUUUAAAGCUCGGUGUUUUGUCAUUUGAGCGCACUUAUUUUAAUAAAUAGCCUGCAUGGUGAACCGUAAGGUGCACUUAG